AAAUAUUAGGUAGGACUCGCAUUCCACCGUGGCAAAAAAUGAGUAUCUCAGCGUGCGACACGUGUCGCCGGGCCCCACCCGGUCAGAUAACCUCCAAUAUUUUGAAAAUAUAGCGCCUCUCUCCUCUCAUCUCUCACACUCUCGCGCCCCAACCCCUCUCUCUCCUCCCGGCUCAGAACUUGGCGCUCCCUCCGACUCUUCCGACGCCGGCGCCUCCGCCUCCGCCGGCGCUUCCGCCUCCGCCGACGACGCCGACGCCGAUGCCGACGCUCCUCUAUGCGCUCGCGCUCCCAACUUCUCUCUUCUCACAGACGUGGCGCCUCCGACGCCGACGCCUUCUGCACUCUGAGAACUCGCGCUCCCUCCGACACCGCCUCCGACGCCCACGCCGAUGCCUCCGCCGACGCCUCUGCCCCCAACCCUUGCCGACGCCUCCGCGUCGGCCAUGCCCUAGCCCUAGCCUCUGCCUCGAUGCUCUGCAUCCGCAAGCCCCGAAGAAGCGACGGUGGAAGGCGAAGCCGUAGCCAAAGGAGGAGGUCCACCACCAGCAGCCGCAGCCGGCGGCGGCGGCCAAGUCUUCGUCGUCGUCGUCGGCGGUGGCCAGGGAGAAGAGGUCGCAGCAGCAGCACGCGGUCGACGAGAAGUACGCCCGGCGGAAGUCCCUCGUCCCCGUCCUCUACGACUGGCUGGCCAACCACAACCUCCUCUGGCGUUCUCUCUCUUGCCGGUACUUCAAAGGCCUCCUAUUUCUCUGUUCGCUGUUUUGCACAAGCUUAACUUCUCUUUAUAUCAAUAUUAGUUGGUGAAUGUAGGUGGAGUCGCACAAGCUUCUUUGGGAUGAGUUUGCAAUAGCUGCUGAUGUGCGUGAGUUUGGUGGGCUGGAAGUUAUUUUGGACAUGAUCCAGGUAAAAAAAAUUUUGCAACAGAAAGUCCUGUACUGCAAUAUCUUCUAUUUCCUGCUUACCGAAGAUGUCCUUGUGCGGGGAUCUGUGAAGUGUAGAUAUGUGCUUACGGAUUUGCAUUUUUUAGCAAAAUGAAAACUUUCCCUUUUGUGGAUAUGUACAGAGUGUUUUUUAGAUUCUCUGGACGUCUGCUGAUAAUAGUGUGCAUUCUGAUUUUGUAUUCUGCUAUUCUAUUCAUUUCAUAUUCCAGAACUUGGCUUUGGACAUUGAAACAUUAGAUUUUUGUUAGCUUACGGAAAUAGUGUAGGAAAUAGAGUAUGGCUAUGGGGAAUUUUAUACUUACUUGUGUAUUCAUAUCACUAGAGGACUCUGAGGUACUCCAUUUGGUCAUCUAAAGUUUCAAUUGAAUGGUUCUUUGAACCAAACAAUUUGACUUAAGAAAGGAAAGAGUUUCUUGUGCUACAGUUGUUAGCAAGGAUCGUUCUGAAUGUAGAUUUGGCUAAGUUGGCAUUCCACAUUCUUAAAUCCUGCAAAAAGGGUCUCUAGAAUCAAAUUUUCAGCUAAGCAAGGAGAAGCCCACUUUGCUAGCAAUGUAUUGCUGUUAUCUGCAGUAUGGACUACCAUUGAAAAUUGUUUCAUAUAAAGAUUUGUAUGGAUGGACAAUGGAUGAAAUAGUAAAGAUUAUCGGAUUGAAGAAUAACUGCACAUUUUGUGGGGUCUUCCGCCGUCAGGCUCUUGACCGAGGCGUUGCGCUGCUGAAAGUAGACAAGCUUGCUAUUGGACAAAAUGCCGAUGAUAUUGCUGAAACAGUUCUUUUAAAUAUUUUGCGGGGUGACAUUGCCCGAUUGAGUAGGUGUACUGCAAUUACAACUGGUGAAGACGGACCAAUUCCUAGGUGUAAACCUUUUAAGUACACGUACGAGAAAGAGAUCGUCAUGUAUGCAUAUUUCAAGAGGCUGGAUUGUUUCUCAACUGAAUGCAUCUAUUCUCCUAAUGCAUAUCGGGGUUUUGCUCGUGAGUUUAUUAAGGACUUGGAAAGAAUAAGACCUAGAGCCAUACUCGACAUUAUAAAAUCAGGUGAAAAUUUCAGAAUAUCUACUUCAACAAAAAUGCCAGAGCAGGGGACGUGUGAACGCUGUGGUUACAUUUCAAGCCAGAAAUGGUGUAAAGCCUGUGUUUUGUUGGAAGGACUGAACAGGGGGUUGCCAAAACUAGGAAUAGGGCGGACUUGAGUCUCAUAUAUCCCAAAAGCAUAUGCUAAGUUUCGUCUUUGCUACUGAUUGAUGGUAAAUCUUCCAGAUGCUCCAAAUAGAGCAAAAAUUUUGAAAGUCAUACUGGCAAAGGAAGACUUCUGCAGAUGUCGACUUGGACGGAAUUGCAAGCAUGACAGAUGGUAACUCAGGAAGUGACCUAAAGAAUUUAUGUGUAUUCGAAGCGCACAGGCCAAUUAAAGAGAUAUUGGAAAAGGAGAAAAAGAACGCGCUGCAGCUCUAGCAGAAGGCAAACCUGCUCCAGCUUUGAGAGGGAGUGCUGAUAUACGGUCUCUCAAUAUGGAAGAUUUCAAAUAUGCACAUGAACGGGUAUGUGCGAGCGUAUCAUCCGAAUCUAUUAACAUGACCGAGCUUCUGCAGUGGAAUGAACUCUACGGUGAAGGCGGUUCAAGAAGAAAGAAGGCACUCAGCUAUUUCAUGUGAAGUAUUAUUGUUCACUAAUUCACAAUUACAAUUUUUGACCCGUUGCUCGUCCUCCGAAAAGCUGCUGCGUAAUUAAUCCAUUUUGUUUUUGUAACCUGGGAAGCCCCUUGUUUUAGUUUCUCCUUGUAAUGUUUUCUUGCCAAGUUUUAUUUUUUUUCCAUUUUUCUUGGAUUGUUGGUAUAAAAGAGAGAGAGAGAGGAAAGCCUUUAAUGGCUUUUAAUUUGGAUCCGCAUCAUAUCUGUCCUCUUUUGCUUUCUAUUCUGCUAUUACGAUUUACUGAUUCUCAUAUAAUUUGAACUUUUGUUCAUCUCUUUUAGGUGAAGUCCUUACUGUCACUAUGUUAAUAGUGGUCAGAUAA